GUGACUCUCCAGUCGUCAGAGAGAGAGAGAGCCAGCCGGCGGCAACUGCGACGGCGGUGGCGGUGGUGCUAGUUCAUGGCAACCAUCGCCUCCCUACGCUUCUUUUCUCGCCUUUCACUGCCGCCUUCACACCGUUCUCGCUCCCAACUCUCUUUCGAUCUCACUCAUUUCUCACCUACCAAAAACCCUAGAAAGUUCCAAACCCUAACCCUAGUCCGCGCUUCAUCGUCCUCUUUCGAUGAUCUCAGCUCUGAACGCUCCACCAAUUCGAGAUCGAAGAAAUCAGUUCUUUCAAAUCUGAUACAAGAGAUAGAACCAUUAGAUGUGAGCCUUAUUCAGAAAGAUGUUCUGCCCACUACCGUUGAUGCGAUGAAACGAACUAUCUCAGGCAUGCUGGGUUUACUUCCAUCCGACCGGUUUCAUGUUGUAAUUGAGGCUUUAUGGCUACCACUCUCCAAGUUAUUGGUUUCUUCAAUGAUGACUGGGUACACAUUGCGGAAUGCUGAAUAUAGACUCUGUCUUGAAAGAAACCUUGAUAUUUAUGAAGGAAAUACUGAGAAGCAAAGACCAGAAAUAUCUAAAUCUGACGAGCUAGAGAUGUUGCUUGACAGUGCAGAUGUAAAUAAAUCUGGUAAACAUGAGCUGUCAUCUAAAUCUGAAGAAAAUACUGAAAACCCAUCAGAGGGUCUUGGUAUUCAAGGUCUUGGUGAAAUGACAGCUGAAGCUCAGCAAUAUAUUCUUCAUUUACAGACUCAAUUAUCUUCUGUCAAAAAGGAGCUUUGUGAGGUCAAGAGGAAGAAUGCUGCUCUCCAAAUGCAACAAUUUGUUGGAGAAGAACAGAAUGAUUUGCUGGACUAUUUGAGAUCACUACAACCAGAGAAGGUUGCCGAGCUAUCAGAACCAGCAACCCCUGAAUUGAAAGAAAUAAUUCACUCUGCUGUUCAUGGCCUUCUUGCCACCCUUUCUCCUAAGAUGCAUUCUAAGGCUCCCCUUUCAGAGAACACUUCAACUGGAGUUCUAAAUGUUGGAAAUGAAGAUUGCACUGAACUGGUUGAGAACACUUCGGUUCAAUUCCAGCCCCUCAUUUCAUUAACUAGGGACUACCUGGCACGUCUGCUCUUCUGGUGCAUGCUGUUGGGACACUACCUUAGAGGGCUUGAGUACAGGGUGGAGCUGAUAGAACUACUUUCCCUGUCAAGUGAUGCAGAAAACGAAGCCUCCGGUGAUGAGCAAGUUGCUUGAAAGUUGCGAAUGGUGAUCCAUGCUUCCAUAUAUGGAUAUGGUGAUCAGUGUACAGUGUAUGCUUUUGCAACAUGAAGCGGUCUUGCAGAUGAGGAGGUAGGUUAUUUAGUUCUAAGAAAUUAGAGAUCCCUUGUUUGUUUUCCUUUGUAUCAUCGUAAGUACUAAAUUAUGCUCAUUCCCACAAUAAGCACUGAAAAUGCAUUGAAGUUUUUGGUUACCCAAAGCUGCCCCAUGGAGAUGUUCGGGUGUGCUUUUGCUUUGGUUUUUUUUACAUCAUAAUAAUCCAAAUUAAAUUAACAUAGUA